GUGAAGACUGCUCUCCAGGAUAUCUUCCUUCUCACCACAACACUCCACGCUCUUUACUCCACACUCUUUAUCCCACACUCUUUUGCAACCGUCAGAGAUGACACCACCAAAAGCAAUCGCUCUCAGUCUGCUGCUCCUGAGCUCCUGGGCAUCGGCGUCCGCCAUCCCCGUCCAAGCUCGCGCUGCAGCAUCCUCCUCGGCCGUAGCUUCGGCCUCAUCGGCCCAAGCAACUUGCGGAUGGACAUACUUUUUGAAUGUCGACAACACUACCACGGACGAUGACGACGCCGAUGAUGGCGAGGAUGAUUCGACCACCACCACCAGCAAGCGCGACUCGCACGAGCUGCAUCAGCUCGCCCGUCGAGGCCGCACCACCAACAGUUACAACAACGGCAAGUGCGCUCUGGGGACGAAGAUCUUCAAGCCGCAGUACCCCGGACCUGCUACCCUGGAGUCGGUACAGGGAAGCGCAUUCCUGGGAUACUAUAUCCCCAAGCUGGACCAGUGCCCAGCCGGAGCGGUCACGUACGAUGUGAUCACCGAUAGUUCUGUGCUUACGGACACUGUUGCGGCCUACUGGGACUCGGCCAAUGCGGGUACAGGCCAGAAGUACAUCGCUCUUGGGGCCAAGGUCACCCCGACCGAUUCGUACAUCAACGUUGACCAUGUUUACGAGUUGAAGAUUGUCGAUAGCUUCUUUUCGGCCAUGAUUGCGAAGUACAACUUCUGUAACAGCUUCAAGACGUUCUUCCUCACCCAGGAUACGGAACACCCAACGGCGAAUGGAGUCAAGAGCCGACUCCAGCGGCUAUACGGCCUGCUACCCAGUAACACGUAUCUGGACUUUGUCGCUAUGGACAACCAGCUGAACAGCAUGAAGGCGCCUAUGUUCGACGAGAACCUCAGCGGAAUGCAAACCCCCAAGGGCUCAACGACUGAAGAGGAAGCCAACAACGCCCUCUCCAUCAUCAACACCAUGGCCACGGUGGUCUCGCUCCUCCGCGACAACAAAAUCGCCGAGGUCUUCAAGACGACGAACAAGCGCAUCUACGAGGCCUUCCUGGGAAUCGACCAGCUCACCACUGGGUGCAACGAUCCGAUCCCUGGCAAGGGCUGGGCCGACUCUUACUCGAGCUGGAUGGAGGAGUUCCUCUCGACGCAGGCGACCUCGGUCUCCUCGCGGCUUGCCUCCAUCUCAGGCCAGGUGACGCCCACCACCGACGCAUCCGGACAGAAGAACGCCCUGGGCCAGGGUCUGGAUGCCUUCAACGCCAAGUACCCUGCUGCCUCAUGGACCUGGGAUGCCAAGCAGCUGCUGGACUUCUCGGCUCCCAGUGCUAUCGCGUUUGCUAAGCGCGGUGCUGAGAGCAGCGUCGCAGCCUGCACGCCUACCUCUUCCGUUUCUGCUUCGUCCAGUGCAGCGGUUACGACCCAUGCUGGCUCCUCGGCUGUCGUGACGGCCUCGCACACCAGCAUUAUCGUGACCUCCAAGGCGACCACGCACACUCCGGAGAGCGAGAUCUCGAAGACUCUGCACGGCUCGACGACGGUGAAGUCGGAGACCUCCAAGCCGGUGACUACCCACACAGUUGAGACACCAGUGACCACCAAGCAGUCCACCACCACCACCAAGGUUGCGCCCAGCUCGUCAGUCACCACCACAACUUCGACUACCUCGUCGCACACUUCGUCUCCGACUACUUCGUCCUCGACUUCGACUACUUCGUCUACCCCUGCCACUUCUUCCACUACUUCUUCUUCUUCUUCCACUACUACUACUUCUUCCGCCCCUUCUACCACUACUACUACUGCCACUACUACUACUACUACUACUUCCUCCGCUCCUUCCACUACCACGACCACCUCGACUACUUUGUCCACCACCACCACCACCACGACUAUCAAAACGACUACCACUACUACCACUACCUCCAGCAAAACUACCACGACCACUACCAAAACCACGACGACGACCGCCGCGGCAACCACCAAGGCAACCACGUGCAAGACGGCGUCGCAGUGCCCCAAAUGCGGUCUUUUCUCGAAGGGCAAGUGCAGCGGAGGUGUGUGUAAAUGCUAGCCGAACCCGAGUUAUCUGAUAGGAAGAAGGGAGACUGUUAAUCAUGAUGGAUGGAUGUACCAAACCAGGAUUAUCUCUUCGAACAGGACUAGACUUUCAUUCCU